AUGACUGACAAAGGACAAUUCGAGCAGGGCUACAAGGUGCCCGUAACGGACCAAGACUUCCCUGGCAAGGAGGGAAAGCUGCCCGCCACCCCUCUGUUCGACCGUGUCCCGACUGCUGAUGGCGGCUCCAAGUUGUACCAGGCUGCAGGAAAGCUUGAAGGACUGAAAGCUGUCAUCACCGGUGGUGAUUCCGGAAUCGGUCGCGCUACGGCAAUCUUGUUCGCUAUGGAGGGUGCUGACUCGUUGAUCGCAUACCUCCCCGACGAAGAAGAGGACGCCCAGGAGACCAAGAAGCGUGUCGAAGAGUAUGGUCGCAAGUGCUAUCUUGUCGCGACCGACAUCACUGAUCGCGCCAAUUGCCAAAAGAUUGUCGACGUUGCUCUAGAGAAACUUGGUGGUAUCGACAUUCUGUUCAACAACGCAGCCUACCAGAUGAUGGUAGAGAACAUCAAGGACUUGUCGGAAGACCAGUGGAUCCACACCUUCAACACCAACAUCCACCCCAUCUUCUAUCUGUCCAAGUACGCUCUGCCUCACAUGAAGAAGGGCGCAACGAUCAUCAACAACGCGAGCAUCAACGCAUACAUCGGCCGUCCGGAUCUUCUGGACUACACGUCCACCAAGGGCGCCAUCAUCUCAUUCACCCGAGGGUUGAGUAAUCAAUGGUGCGACAAGGGCAUUCGUGUCAAUGCAGUUGCUCCAGGUCCAGUGUGGACACCGUUGAUUCCCGCGACGAUGAACGAGGAGGCCCAGAAGCAGUUCACGAGCCCGAUCGGUCGUCCAUCGCAGCCCUCUGAGAUUGCGACCUGUGUCGUGUUUCUCGCUUCUACCGACAGCGCAAGCAUUACAGGACAGACCAUCCACUGCAACGGAGGUGUUAUUGUCAACGGCUAA